GGACCCUCAUCAUCCCAUCCCAUCUCAUCUCAUCCCAUCGCCGACUCCCACACAAACGCACAAUGAGGAUAUUGACCCGGCCUGCGAUCCGGCCUGCUGCCCGGCCUGCAACCUGGCUCGCUCUGCCCAAACCGCCCAUCCGCUGUCGGUCAGCCGUCGCCCAGUCGUUCUCCACACCACACCGCAUCUAUCCCUGGCACACCUCGGACCAACCUCGAGUGAUUAGCGUCCAGGACCGCGCUCCUCGCAGCCUCUCCGAAGCCGGAUCUGCUCUCAUCAACUGGAUCACCAACAGCUCGGUCGUGUUCCUGACCGAGUUUGCCGUCUCGAGCUACUACACCAACAUCUUCAAGGACACCAGCAUGAUGUCGUCGUCAAACAUGCCGCCAGAGUUCCUGCCGAAUGCUGCUCGCUCGUUCGAAACCUUCGCCAGCGUCCUCGGCAGCUGGACCUCCGACCCGCAGGGGCCCGAUGCCAAGCUCUACGAGCAGGCCGUCCAGAGGAUGGUGACUCCAGAACUGUUCAGGCGACUCAAACGGGAGCAAGAUGCACUCGUCGCACACCGCCAAGCAGCCAACAUCAGCGUCACCGACAUCCUCGACUGCCGGGAGUCCAGGACCGAAAUCCGACUGGGCGAGCCGGCACCUGCGUUGGCCAGAACCCUGACCAACUGCAAUCCCUAUCAUCGCCUGUACAAGUACGGUAAAUCGCAUGUCUACUACACCUACCACUCGGUCGGAUUCCUCUGCAGUGCUGCCGACUGGGCCAAGCGCAAGGAGGGCGUACCGCUGCAUGAGAUCUUUGGUGCUGCCAUCGAAGAAGGGGCCACGCUGCUUGUCGAAGUCGCCAUCAACGCCCAGGUGGAAUUCUCGCAAUCAGCCGAUCCCCGAGCUGCCGAUACUCGCUCCAGCAUCACUGUUGAGCCACCAGAUGCCCUGUCGUCCCAGUCCCCCGACCCAAAUCCCUCCGAUUCUGCCGAAGCGUUUGUGUCAGAUUCUCGGCGUCGUGAGGUUCUGGUACUCUUGGAAAGCAACCACAUCCCGCGAAGCCAUUUGGUCGACAACAGCGGUGACGCUGCCGACUCGAUCGUCUGGAAAAUCGCCGACAUUGACUAUCUUUUGGAGUCGAGCCGCUUCAACCAGUAUGUGCUCGGCAACGCCCUCAAAGUGCUCAAGCGAUAGAGCCAGCAUCGUAUCGUUCUGGCGCUCGCACCGAGCUGGGAUGGCACUCACACCGAACUGGGACGGAGCUCGCACUGAGCUGAGAUGGCACUCUCUCUCCUUCCUGCCUUUUUUUCGAGGUCGAUUGUCAUGCCGUCUCGAUCAUGGAUACGCACUUGCUCAUCCGAUUGUGUCCAAGAACAUUCCCAUCCCCAGAGCACCCAUCAUCGGACCACUGCACCCAGAGAGAGGUAGCCCUCGUGCAUUCAAGUCCAUGGUGUCUGAGAACUUGUCGUUGAUGCUUGUCAACAGAAAUGGUGUAUAGAUACUAUGCAUUGGAUUCCCCAUGUGCGACCCAGA